CAAAGAUUAUCGAAUGUGAUUUCCGCUUUCUAAAUCUAUCACUUUUAAUUUUAUUUAGAAGUCUGUAAAGAUUUACGAAUUGCUUUGGACUAUUUGUAUGGGUCUCACCAAAUAUGAUGGCUCCAACAAGACCAAUAAAGCGACUUCUUGUGGCGAAUAGGGGAGAGAUUGCAACUCGAAUCAUUUCAACAGCAAGAGAGCUGGGCAUAGAAACAUACUCGAUAUACACAUCGAACGAUACAUCUCACACCAAUGGCUCGUCUCACUCGAUUCAACUGGCUUCACCGGCAUCAUAUCUUGACAUCUCAGAACUGGUAAGAAUUGCCAAGAAAAACAAGAUAGAUACCAUCCAUCCAGGUUACGGUUUCCUAUCUGAGUCUCCAGACUUUUCUCGUCGAAUGUGGGAAGAAGCAGGAACUUUCGUCAUCGGUCCUGGACACGAAAUACUUGCUCGGACUGGCGAUAAAUUGCAGGCGAGACUCCUUGCAGAAGAAUGUCAUGUUCCUGUGCUUCCAGCUUUAAAAAAUCCGACCAGUGACAUUGCUGAACUACGGACAUUUGCCUCUGAGACGGAUUUCCCAAUUAUUAUCAAAGCUGUUGAUGGGGGUGGAGGGCGAGGCAUUCGAAUUGUGAGGGGGGAGAAAGACCUGGCAUCUCUAGCGAAGAGAGCGUUGCAAGAAAGUCCCAGUGGCAAAGCAUUUGCUGAGAAAGCAGCGAUUGAUGGAUAUCGACAUGUCGAGGUCCAAAUUAUCGGUGACGGGCAAGGGAAUGUACGGCAUCUUUGGGAACGAGAAUGCAGCAUCCAAAGGAGAUUUCAGAAAGUUGUUGAGUUUGCGCCAAGCUCUAUUUCGGAUCGCAAGUUGAUUGGAGAAGUCAUUAAUGCAGCUUUAAGAAUGGCGAGGAAAGUCAACUACUCAUCUCUGGGGACUUUCGAAUUCCUGGUCCGGCAAUCUCAACCCGAAUUCUAUUUCUUAGAAGUAAAUCCACGCUUGCAAGUAGAACACACUAUCACGGAAUCCAUAGCCAUGGGGAUAGAUCUCGUCAAGUUGCAGCUGCUUCUCGCUCAUGGUCAAACGUUAUCCUCGCUCCCACUCACUACUUGGGGCGACGAUCCAGAGGUGCCUCCUCCCUUACAUUCAAUUCAACUUCGAGUCGCAGCUGAAGAUGUGUCGAAUGACUGGUCAUUGAGCGUUGGCAAAAUUACGUCUUUCAGAUGCCCCACAGGCAAUGGAGUUCGAGUCGAUUCUCACCUCAUACCAUCACAGCAGACAGUCAUUGGAACAGAUUUCGACAGCUUGAUUGUUAAAAUCAUCAUUACAGCUCCGUCCUGGGAAGACGUUGUUCAAAAAUCAAAAAGAGCUCUUGCCGAUACUCACAUCGAAGGUAUCAAGACAAGCCUGGAAGCUCUGCGAGGUAUUGUCGCAAGUGAAGCCUUUGCUACCCGACAAUGCGAUACCCAAUGGCUAGAAACUAACUUGCCCGCGGUCCUGGAAUCUGGGAAUUGUAUAUCUGCUGCACUGUCCAAGAUUUCAACGCAAGUAAAUACAAGCGCACCCAGUGCUUCUGUAGCAGCAGCAUCAAAUGUCCUCUUCCGCAAAGGCGACGCUUGGUCCAUAUCGCUUACCCCAGAAUCAAGCGAGGAAAAUAAAACACCAGCCCUCUCACACCUUCAGCUCUCACGGGUCCUGCGUAACGAGUUUCCCGCGUCUCUGACGGCUUCAAUACUAUAUACAACGCCAUCGUCUCCUAAACCAGUUCCUUACAUCUUGACGCUGGCCUCUACGACAACAUCAUUUGGCUCACUUGCCAGCUCGGCUAAUCAUCGUCGUGGUGACCCAGGGAAUUCAAAUCACAUCAUAAUUCCGUUCCCGGGGCAGCUGAUGGAAAUUCUGGUGGAUAUAGGUGACGAAAUACAGAAAGGGGAGACAAUUGCUGUGGUCAGACAGAUGAAAAUGGAGUUGGAGAUUCGGGCGACAAAGGGAGGGACCAUUGCAUGGGUGUACGAAGGCGAGGAGGGGGAUGAGGUCGGUGAAGGGAUAUUGGUUGCUGAAGUAGAAGGUGGUGCAGCAAAGCUAUGACGGGCUUACUGUAAUGUAAUCUUUGAUGCUGUUGAGAGAGGAUGAUAGCGGCAUCAUCCUCGGCUUUCUGAAUCUGCCAUUCAAAUUCCAAGCCAAUUUGCGCUCUCGGCCCAAAGCAACUUGUUCUCUGAGAGAAUUUUUCUGUUCCGAGACACCAUUCUCUAAUUAGGAAUUCUUAUGGCUGAAUGGGAGAAUUUUAAGGCUGAUACAUUCAGACAGCAAAUCGUCGAGCGGGCUUGGCAAUCAGGAUCUGCGGGCGACUCUCACGAAAGCUCAUAGCAGUGCAGAUCUUCUAAAGAUUGAAAUAUCC